UCUUCCGGUCCGUCCCCUUCCCAAAAUGUUUCUUAGGAUGACGUAGACAGACUGCGUCGCUCCUUCGUGCGCAGAAAUCAAAGUAAACGGCCUGCCUCCAGAGUUGUGCCAACCACCUCCGGGCGCUGACUCUCCGACUCAGGCCGGGGAUGGCGUCGCUUGGCGCGGGGCAACUUGGAAGCCGCAAGCGGCCGGCAGGCAGGAGCACGGCGGUGGAGAGGAGGAACCUGCUGACCGUUUGCCGGUUUUCCGUAAAGACUCUCCUGGACUGCUCCUGCUUAGAGAGCAUGGAUGACUCUUCGGCAGAGGUAUUAAACUUUGUGUCCAUCCUGGAACAUAUCCUCAACCAUCGACUUAAAGGUCAUACUUCUUGGUUUGGCCACGAGAGUCCUCAGAGUUUCUGGGAUUACGCCAAAGCGGCCUGUGCUAAAGUCCCUCAUAAUUGCAUCCGAAGCAUCGAGAGUAUGGAGAAUGUGCAAUCGUCCAAAGCCAAGGGUCGAGCGUGGAUCCGGGUGGUUCUGAUAGAGAAAAGAUUUUCAGAAUACAUCUCAUCUGCUCUGAAGGACUUAAAAACUACCAGGAGGUUUUACGAGGAAGGAGCGAUCAUGCUGGGAGAGGAGGCGGGCCUUCUAGCGGACACGCUCAUCGCACUCAACACCAUUGACUUCAGCUUCUGUCUGAAGGGAGAGGGUCUGGAUGGCGGGGGCCCCGCAGUGAUUGACUACAUGCCUUACUUAAAGUUUACUCAAAGCACAGACAGCAUCAGCAGCGACGAAGAGGAGAUGCGCACGCUAGGUAGCAGUAGCAGCGAGAACAGCACGCCAGACAAAAUAGCCACAGCCGCCUCCAUCUUUACCGAGCAGAGCAACUUGGUCAGCAAGUGCAAGCGCCUGGAGCAGAAAUAUCGCAUGGCGCUGGAGCAGAAGUCUUACCUUGAAGAGCUGGUUCGUCUGCGUGAGGCUCAGCUAGCCGAGGCCACAACGCAUCACAAAGCCCUUCAGCAGAGCCUGGUGGACACACACCUGUCACACUCGCUGGAGAAAGAACAACUAGAGUUCAUCAUUUUGGAACUGCAGGACCAACUGACAGUGUUGAAGAACAAUGACUUGCGCUCACGACGGGAGCUGACAGCCCACCUCACCAAUCAGUGGCCGUCGUCUGAUGCUUUGGACGCCAGCGCCGUUGCUUUGGACACGCUGCUGGUCAGGAAAAGCGCUGGACAUUGGAAUAACAAGAGCCUCCACAAUGGGCCUGCAGAAAUGAGCCUAUCGCAAAUGACCCUUGAACCGGCACAUCAGUUCACGUUGGAGGCGAAAGCAGCUUGUACACACUGGCCACACCCAGGAAACGAGCCAUCUCUCAGGGGACUGUGCGGCUCUCUGACCUCCGUCAACAGUUUCAGGUCUCUGGCCAGCCUGAGAUCUAACGAGUGUUUGGCCAGUCCCGCUGCAGAGGUCAGCAGCCCGGGUUUCACCCCGACAUGAACAUUCAAUACCCCUCCUAAUGUGGUAUUAUUUCACCUUUCUUUUACGUGCACUUUGACACACGUUUAAUUAGGGGAUUAGUUGUGCUCCACUCACUAUGUUUCUUUUACCUUGAAUCACCAGUUAAUGUGCCAACAAAAACUGCAAAACUUCCAGGGUUUCAGGAUUUGUAUACAAGAAUAUCAUCAUACAGUACCUGCACUGUUCCCUACUUUUAUUGUGUUCUGCGAACAGAUCAUCUUUAGUUCUCAGGUGUAAAUGUUUGUUUUGUGUGUGAUUUUGCUUAACACAGUAUUUAGUUAUCAGGUGGUGACGACUACGAUUGAUUUCUUCUCCUCAUUUUAAUGUGAAGUACUCUCUUUGAUUAAUAUUCCAAUGCCAAUUGACAUGGUGACCGUGAUGAACGUCCUGCUGCAGCUGGUCUGGCCUUCAGGCUACGGAGCUCAACAACUUCACUGCUUGUUGUUAUUGUUAAAAUAAUUUGGCUUUUUAUUUGUCAUUUUGAAUAAAAUUAAAUUGCAAUAAAAUAAGCAAGAUUUUGGACAUUUAAGCACAUAAAAAUUUCAAUAAGC